AUGUGCUCUUCCACCCCUAACACCGAAAGGGAGGUUUUGCCUACCAAUGUCAAACCCUUCCACUACAAUAUCACCCUCGAACCCGAUCUUGAGAAGUUCACCUUCGAUGGUGAAGAGACCAUUGAGUUCAAUGUCAACGAGAGAACCGACUACAUCUCGUUGAACUCGUUGGAAAUCACGGUUUCCGAAGCCAAUGUCAACGGCGUGCCUGUUUCCAGCAUCACCUUCGACGAAAAGGCCCAAACAGUCACCUUCAAGCUUGAUGACCACUUGGUCGAAGGCUCGGUGGCAAAAUUACACAUCAAGUUCCAGGGGAUCUUGAACGACCAAAUGGCCGGUUUCUACCGCUCCUCUUACGAACAAGAUGGCAAGAAGAAGUACUUGGCCACAACCCAAUUCGAACCCACCGACUGUCGUAGAGCCUUUCCAUCCUACGAUGAGCCCUCUGCAAAGGCCACGUUCUCCAUCAGUCUUAUUGCUGACAAGGACUUGGUCUGCUUGUCCAACAUGGACGAAAAGGAAACCACCUUGUUGUCUGACAACAAGAAGAAGGUCGAGUUCAAUAAGUCGCCCCUCAUGUCUACCUACCUCGUCGCCUGCAUUGUUGGUGACUUGAGACACGUUGACAGCGUGGUUGAGUAUAAGGUCCCAAUCAAGGUCUAUGCCACUCCUGGUAUGGAACAUUUGGGAAAGUACUCGGCUGAUGUGGCUGCCAAGUGUUUGGCAUUCUUUGACAAGAAGUUUGACAUUGACUAUCCAUUGCCAAAGUGUGAUAUGGUUGCUAUCCACGAUUUCUCAGCUGGUGCCAUGGAAAACUUCGGAUUAAUCACUUAUAGAAAUACCGAUUUGUUAAUUGACGCAUCAAAGGCUGAUGUUAACACCAAGUUGAGAGUCACUGAGGUUGUUGCCCACGAAUUGGCCCAUCAAUGGUUUGGUAACUUGGUCACCAUGGAUUUCUGGGAUGGUUUAUGGUUGAACGAAGGUUUUGCAACCUGGAUGUCUUGGUAUGCUGUUGAUAGCUUGUACCCAGAGUGGAAGGUUUGGGAAUCCUAUGUAUCUGACUCCUUGCAGCAUGCUCUUGGUCUCGACAGCUUAAGAUCAUCCCACCCUGUUGAGGUACCAGUUAAAAAGGCGGAAGAAAUCAACCAAAUUUUCGAUGCCAUCUCAUAUUCUAAGGGCUCUUCUAUCUUGAAAAUGCUUUCAAAGUGGUUGGGUGAAGAAACCUUCAUUAAAGGUGUUUCCAACUACUUGAAAAAACACAAAUGGGGAAACACUCAAACUAGUGACUUGUGGGAUGCCUUGAGUGCUGCUAGUGGUAAAGAUGUUGUUGAAGUUAUGGAUAUUUGGACCAAAAAGAUUGGUUACCCUGUUGUCAAGGUUUCCGAGGAAGAUGGGAAAAUCACCGUUACUCAAAAUCGUUUUUUGAACACAAAUGAUGUUAAGCCCGAAGAAGAUGAAACUUUGUACCCUAUUUUCUUAGCAUUAAAAACUUCCAAUGGUGUCGAAGACUUGACUUUGGAUUCCAGAUCCAAGACUAUCGACUUAUCCACCAAGGAUGACUUCUUCAAGAUCAAUGCCGACCAAUUCGGUAUUUACCGUACCGCUUACGAAACCUCUCGUUGGAACAAAUUGGGCCAAGCUGGUGUCGAAGGAAAGUUGUCUGUUGAAGACCGUGUUGGUUUAGUUGCUGAUGCUGGUUCUUUGGCUUCUGCUGGAUACAUUGAGACUACUAACUUGUUGGACUUAGUUAAAUUGUGGACCAAGGAAGAAAACUAUGUCGUUUGGGAUGAAAUUAUAAACAGAAUUGGUGCCAUUAAAAAGGCAUUUAUCUUUUCCGACGAAAGCAUCACUGAAGGUUUGAAAUCCUUUGUUCUUGACUUGAUCAAAGAAAAGACUUCUAGCAUUUCUUGGGAUUACUCAUCGGAAAACUUGUCUUUCGCUGAAGAACAAUUAAGAGUUUCUUUCUUUAGUGCUGCUGUCAACAACGGUGAUAAGAAGGCAAUUGAAUUUGCUCAAUCUGCUUUCGAAGCAUAUAUUGCUGGAGAUGAAAAUGCUUUCAGCCCAAGUUUCAGAUCUAUUAUCUUCAAUGCUGUUGCCAAGAAUGGUGAUAGAAAAACUUAUGACAAGCUUUUGGCCCUUUUGAAGACUACAAAGAUUGUUGAUGAAGAAGGUGCCAUUUUGAGAUCUUUGGGUAGCUUCAGGGACCCAGAAAUCAUCGAUUCCGUUCUCGGGUUGUUGAAAGAAGGUUCCAUCGUUAGACAACAAGAUAUUUACAAGCCUAUGGCUGGCUUAACUACUCACGUUGUUGGUAUCAACAAAUUCUGGGCAUGGUUCCAAGAAAAUGCUGAAGAACUUGAAAAGAGAUUCCCUCCAGGUUCAAGUCUCUUUAGUGCUGUCGUUCGUUUGUCUACUUCUAGUUUCACCACCAGUGAAAAGAAGGCAGAAAUCGAAAAGUUCUUCGCCAACAAGGAAACUAAGGGAUAUGAUCAAGCCUUGGCUCAAUCUCUUGAUGUCAUUAGCUCCAAGAUUUCUUGGACUCAACGUGACACUACUGAACUUCAACAAUGGUUAAAUGCCAGUGGAUAUAAGCAAUAA